AUGUUAAGUGCUCUGCGUGUCAUUAAAACAAAAGUUCGUUUUGUACCUGCACCUUGUUUUUCCAGAAUGCAAUCAACAUCUGAAAAUAAUCAACGACCUUCAUCAUCUAGAUCAUCAUCUAGUAAAACGAAGUCAUAUGCUCCACAAAAUCUGCCAAUCUAUGAUUAUGAUCUGGUUGUUGUUGGUGGUGGUUCUGGAGGUUUGGCAGCAGCAAAAGAAGCAGCAAAGUUAAAUAAAAAUGCUAAAGUAGCUUGCUUCGAUUUUGUUACUCCAACAUAUCACGGAACAAAAUGGGGUCUAGGCGGUACAUGUGUUAAUGUUGGUUGUAUUCCAAAAAAGUUGAUGCACUAUGCUGGUUCAAUUGGUAAUGUACUUCAUCGUGAUGCUGCUGAAUUUGGCUGGCAAAAUGUUGACAAUGGCAAACACGAUUGGUCGACAAUGCAAUCCAUGAUUGGAAACUAUAUAAAAUCACUGAACUUUUCUUACAAAGUUCAACUUCGCUCAGCUAAUGUAACAUAUUUAGAUGGUCUAGCUCAGUUUAUUGAUCCACAUACAAUUGAAUGGAAGAGCUUAACAAAAAGCGGCCGUGUAACGUUUAAUCAAGCAAUUAUUGCAACUGGUGGUCGUCCAUCGUACGGUAAUUUUCCUGGUCGAGAAUUAUGUAUUAGUUCGGAUGAUAUAUUUUGGCUGAAAAAGAAUCCCGGUAAAACUCUUAUUAUUGGUGCGGCAUAUAUUGCAUUAGAAUGUGCGUCAUUUCUUCAUCAUAUUGGUAAUGAUGUAACGGUUAUGAUUCGUUCAAGACCGUUACGUACCAUGGAUCAUCAAUGCGGUGAAAUGAUAUGUGAAUUAAUGGAACGUGAUGGAUUAAGAUUUAUAAUGCCUGCUAAUCCUCGUUCAUUUUCAGCAACGCAAAAACCAGAUAAAUUAGCAAAUGCAAAAGAAUGUCGGCCUGGUGUUUGGGAACAUGGUAAAGAUGCUAAAGGAAACAAUCAGUAUCUACAUGAAUCUGGAGCUAUUGAAGUGCAACAUCCCGAUGGUAAAAUAACAUGGAUUCAUCCAAAAGGAGACAUUGAAGUUAAAUACGAAUAUGCUGAUCAACGUAAAGGAAAAAUACAUUCUGAAACUUAUGAUACAAUUUUAUUGGCUAUUGGAAGAACAGCUAAUAUUGCUGACCUUGGUCUUGAUACAAUUGGUGUACAUGUUGUCAAUGGCAAAGUUCUUGUCGACGAACGAGAACAAACAAAUUUACCGCAUAUUUAUGCUUUGGGAGAUGUAGCAACUGGCGUUAUUAAACAUGGCAAAGAUCUAGCGCAUCAAGCUCGAGUUACUGUUGACCGACCUGAAUUAACUCCUGUUGCUAUUCAAGCUGGACAAUAUUUAGCACGACGUCUAUGGAAUCUAUCAAAUCAGUUGAUGAAUUAUCGAACGAUUCCAUCAACUGUAUUUACAAGCCCAUCUGAAUAUAGUUUUGUUGGUCUUCACGAAGAACAAGCAAUGCGAUCACAAGAAGAUGGAGGUAUUGGCGCAGAAAAUGUUCGAAUUUAUUGGUCACGAUUUGGCAACAUUGAAAUUUCUCCAAUACAUCCACAUAUAAAAAAACCACAAAGUGAAUGUUUCACAGGAAACAAUACAUGGGCACAUCAAUAUGCAUUGAAAAAUAAUGCGGAUUGGCCUGAAGUAACCUAUGAUUUAGAAAGUGCAAAUUAUGUUAUAUACAAUGGAGAAGUCAAUAGUCAAAAAAAUGCCGGUGCACGUAUUAUAAAUAAAUAUCGUAAUGAACAAGCUAAUAAUAAAAUCACAUAUGAUAUUGAAAUUCAAAAUGAAGAGAAAACAGUUAUUCAAGGUGUUACAGGCGAACAGUUACAAUUGCAAGAAGAACAACAAUUAGAAAAGGCCGAAGUAUUUUAUAAAGCCAAUUGUUUAGCGAAAUUAAUAUGCGAUAAAAGUCAAAAUGAUAAAGUAGUUGGACUUCAUUUCAUGGGACCUAAUGCCGGUGAAGUCGUGCAAGGUUAUGCAUUAGCUGUUAUGAUGGGCGCAACAAAACAACAAUUCGAUGAACUUGUUGGUAUUCAUCCAACAGCCGCUGAAGAAUUUACUGUAUUAAGUGUAACAAAAGAAUCUGAAGCAACAUUAUUGAAGGCAGCUGGCUGUGGUGGAGGUUCAUGCGGAUAA